GGGGGGGUGAGAGUGUGUGAGGUGUGUGCAGCCAGUCCUGCUGUGGCCCAGGCAGGGUAAUAAUUGGAAGGAAAGGAACUCAGGGCGCAGCCAACGCGGUGUGUAGGGCAGAACAUGGAGGAACGUGGGUCUCCCGACGGGGACCACGCGCGGAGCCUGGAACAGGGGACAGAGGGGCCGGAAACGCCGAUCCAAGUGGUGCUCAGGGUUCGUCCUAUGAGCGCAGCCGAACUACGUCGAGGGGAGCAGAGCGUUCUGCACUGCUCUGGGACUCGGACGCUGCAGGUGAGUCCACCAGGCGGGGGCCCAGACGUAGCGUUCCGCUUCGGCGCCGUGCUGGACGGGGCGCGCACGCAGGAGGACGUGUUCCGGGCGUGCGGCGUGCGCCGCCUGGGCGAGCUGGCACUGCGCGGCUUCUCCUGCACGGUCUUCACCUUUGGCCAGACGGGCUCCGGGAAGACCUUCACCCUGACUGGACCUCCUCCCCAGGGAGAGGGAGUGCCUGUGCCCCCCAGUCUGGUUGGCAUCAUGCAGAGGACCUUUGCCUGGCUGUUAGAGCGCGUGCAGCAUCUGGCCACCCCUGUCACCCUCCGCGCCUCCUACCUGGAGAUCUACAAUGAGCAGGUUCAUGACUUGCUGAGCCUGGGGUCUCCCGGGCCGUUGCCGGUUCGCUGGAACAAAGCUCGUGGCUUCUACGUGGAACGGCUGCGGGUGGUGGAGUUUGGCACCCUGGAGGCCCUGAUGGAGCUCCUGCAGAAGGGUCUUAGCCGUCGUCGCAGUUCUUCCCACAGCCUGAACCAGGCCUCCAGCCGAAGCCAUGCCCUACUCACCCUGUACAUCAGCCACCCAACUCCCCAACAGAUACCUCCCGCAGACCCUGGGGACCUCCCUGUUGGGGGGAAGCUGUGCUUUGUAGACCUGGCAGGCAGUGAGAAGGUGGCGGCCACAGGAUCCCGUGGGCAGCUGAUGCUUGAAGCCAACAGUAUCAACCGCAGCCUCUUGGCACUGGGUCAUUGCAUCUCUGUGCUGCUGGACCCACAGCGGAAGCAGAGCCACAUACCCUUCCGGGACAGCAAACUCACCAAGUUGCUGGCAGACUCACUAGGGGGACAUGGGAUCACCCUCAUGGUGGCCUGCGUGUCCCCCUCAGCCCAGUGCCUUCCCGAGACUCUCAGCACCCUGCGAUAUGCAAGCCGAGCUCAGCGGGUCACCACCCGGCCACAGGGUGCCAAGGGCGGCCCUGGACAGUCCCCCCGGCAGUCCCCUGGGGCAAAGCAGCACCUGCAAGUGGAGGCUGAGCUGCUGCAGCUACGGGAGGAGAAUCGUCGCCUGCAGUUCCAGCUGGACCAAAUGGACACCAAAGCUCCGAGCCUCCGUGGGGCCCGUGGGGCCUGGGCCCAGCGAAACCUCUAUGGGAUGUUGCAGGAGUUCAUGCUGGAGAACGAGGGGCUCAGGAAGGAAAUGAAGCAGCUGCAGAUCAGCAGGGACCUUGCCCGGGCUGAGCAGCGUGUCCUAGCCCAACAAGUCCAAGAGCUGGAGAGACGCCUCCUGUCUGCACGCUCCUUUCUCCAGUCCAGCUCUGGCCCAGGAUGCCCCUGCUCAGUGGUGCCAGCUCUCCCCUGCUGGGCACUGCCACCCCUCUGCUCCUGUUUCCAGUUCUGUCCUCUGUGUCGAGUGCCUCUGUCCCACUGGGCCUGCCCACGGCGGGAGUGCCACCUACCACAGGUGCCAGAGUCCGAGGUUCCAGGUGGCUCAUGCCUGUCUAUGCGGCCCCCACCCUGGGCCCCUCCAUGCAGCCCUGGCUCUGCCAAGUGCCAACAAGAGAGGAGCCACAGCAACUGGGCCCAGACUCGAGUCCUGGCCGAGAUGCUGACAGGGGAGGAGGUGGUACCCUCUGCACCGCCCCUGCCCACAGCAUUCCCCAACACACCACCGAUGCCAAGAGGAGAAACCAAGCUCCCAAGCCUGGCUCAGAGGCUGGAGGCUCUCACACACCAGAUUGGCAGUUCUCUGCGCCGCCACCAGAGUCAGCCGCCUCCCAGUGAGGGCAUACGAAGCCCUGGCCAAGGCCUCCCUCCAUGCUGAAGGCAGAGUGGAACCUGGAGACAGUGUGUGCCCCAAGCUGGUGCUGCUCCUGGACCUGGGUCUCCCCACCUGUGAAUGGGGACAGCAGCACUGCGGGCAGAGGGUUGGAAGCCCAUGCGAGGGAACAGAGCGAGGGCGCUUCCCCAGACCUCUAACGUGAGGCCAGGUUCAGGAGACAUGGACGACAGGCAACGAAACCUGUGAAUAAAGAGGUGGCAGCUCCAA